AGUCAAUCUUCUUCCCCUCUUCAUCUUCAUCGCCUCUUUUAUUCUCUCCUUUUCUCCCUUUCUCCUCCCUCCCUAUACCCUCCCUUCUUCUUCCCUCUUCCACUCCUUUUCUUCCGUACUGCUCCGCAGUCACACAUCGCCACCAUGGUGUUGGCCAAAUCCAAGAACUCCGUGGGGCUGGGCAACAGCCUCAUGAAGGACCGGUUCGGCAAAGGCAAGGCCUCGAGCCAGAAGAAGGGAUCCCACAAUGCCGGCAUCGUCCGUAAGGACAUCAACGGCGAGACGUACGUGACGAACGCCCAGCAGGAGGCGUCGUGGGUCAAGAUGCGCAGUAUCACGGAGCAGGCGGCGUUGGACGAGUUCCUGAGCACCGCCGAGCUGGCGGGCACCGAUUUCACCGCCGAGAAGAUGAACAACGUCAAGAUCAUCCAUGCCGACCAAAAGAACCCCUACCUGCUGUCCGCGUCCGAGGAGAAGUCCGCCAUCACCAAACACCGCCAGAACCGCGGCCGCCUGACCGUGCCGCGCCGGCCCAAGUGGGACGCCUCCACCACCCGCCAGCAGUUGGAGCAGUUGGAGAAGGACAGCUUUCUGACCUGGCGCCGGGGCUUGGCCGAGCUGCAGGAGAACCAGGACCUGCUGAUGACGCCGUUCGAGCGCAACCUGGAGGUCUGGCGCCAGCUGUGGCGUGUCAUCGAGCGGUCCGACCUCGUGGUGCAGAUCGUCGAUGCCAGAAACCCCCUGCACUUCCGGUCCGAGGAUCUGGAGGCCUACGUCAAGGAGCUCGAUCCCAAGAAGCAAAACCUGUUGUUGGUGAACAAGGCGGAUAUGUUGACGGAGAAGCAGCGCGCCACCUGGGCCGAUUACUUCGAUCGCCAUAAUAUCAGUUUCCGGUUCUUCUCGGCGCACUUGGCCAAGGAGCAGAACGAGGCUCGUCUUCUUGAGGAGGGUUCGGAUUCCGAGAGCGACAGCGAGGCCGAGGAGGAGCAGAAGCUGGCUAAGGACACCCAGGCUAUGAACAUCCAGGACGGCGAAGGCCAGCAGAAGGAGCACGACGGCGGAUUGGAAUUGCCCUCCGCCACCCCCAGCAGCAGCAAGCGAACCGAGAUUCUGAACGUGGAGGAGCUGGAGGAGCUCUUCCUGUCCAACACACCCGACACUCUCCCCGACAACAACACGGCCGACGGCCCCGUCAAGCGCAAGACGACUAUCGGUCUGGUCGGUUACCCCAACGUGGGUAAAUCCAGCACGAUCAACGCGCUCCUGGGCGCUAAGAAGGUGUCCGUCUCCGCCACGCCCGGUAAGACCAAGCACUUCCAGACCCUGUACCUGUCGCCGGAGAUCAUGCUGUGCGAUUGUCCCGGUCUGGUGUUCCCCAACUUCGCCACGACCAAGGCCGACCUGGUGGUCAACGGCGUGCUCCCCAUCGACCAGCAGCGCGAGUUCACGGGCCCGGCGUCGCUCGUCGCCCAGCGCAUCCCCAAGCACUUCCUCGAGAACGUCUACGGCGUGAAGAUCAACCUGCGCCCCGUUGAAGAAGGCGGCACGGGCAUCCCGACCGGCAGCGAGGUGCUGCGCGCCUACGCCCGCGCGCGCGGCUUCUCCACGCAGGGUCUGGGCCAGCCGGACGAGUCACGCGCCGCGCGUUACGUGCUGAAGGACUACGUCAACGGCAAGCUGCUGUACUGCCACCCGCCGCCCGUCGACGAGGGCGCCGAGCCCAUCGACCCCGUUGAAUUCAACAAAGACCUGUACGACCUAGCCCACCUGCCCGAGCGCCGCCAGGCGCAGCUCGCCAAGAUGAUGGCGGCCGAGGGCGCGGGCGACAUGGACCCGGAGACCCUGUCUCUGCUCGGCAUCACGAACCCCAAACAACUCGCCGCCGCGCAGGGCUCCGUCUCCCGCAAUCUGGAUACGGGCUUCUUCGGCCCCGGCGCCGCCUCCUCGCGCGGCCAGAUGAUGCUCCCCUUCAACGCGCAGUACACCGAGCAGGGCCAGCAGAUCCGCAAGCAGCUGACGGGCCGCAAGGAGCGCAUGAUGGUCGCCUUGGAGCGCGGCAUGGACGUCUCCGAGGUGCGCAGCGCCAACUCCAAGAAACACUUCAAGGCCAACAAGAAGCGGGCCAAGAAGGUGCGCAAGAACGGAACCGAUGACGACUACUAAAUUUCCGUUGUAUCUGGCGUCUUGUUGUCAUGAAGGGGGAAACUCGCGGGCGAGUGCUGCGGAAGGAUGAUGAUUUGCAAAAAGCUCUACUAGUUAUGAUUUUUAUAUCCCGGUAUAAAGUGCAUCGGUUUUGAUUUGUUUAUGUGUUGUUCAUGGUACAUGGGUUUCUUUUGUAUUUAUUUCAUCAUGGACGCAUGGGGAAUGGGGAGAUCAGGGAAUGAUGAAUGAGGUUUAUGGAUUGAAAUGGAAUAU